CUGGGCUCUCAGAGAGUUUGAGAACGCGAACCUCUAAGGAAAAAGAUUGGAGGGAGUGAAGAGAAGUUUGUUCUAUUCCAAGGAUACCUAAGCCUAUAAGGUGGGACGUGUCCGAAGAAUGUCUAGGUUAGAGGAGACAACCGAAUUAAACGGCUCUGUGCAUUCUGGAUAUGAAAAGUGAAUAAGGCUAGCACAGCGCACGAAUACGAAACGAUCGAGAAUAUUUCAACACAAGGUAUACAUUAUUUAGAAUAGAGAGAAAUAACGCGAGGAAUCUAGAAAGUUUAGCAUAAGUAUGAAGAAAACGUGCUAAACAUCUGUCGUGCCGGUAUAUCCUCACUCCUGGAGGAUAACUACCAAUCCCGAAGUAUCAACAUGACGAAUUACGAAGAGAAUAUGAUUGGAGCACUGCGAAACCUACAGUACGUCAUCGCUUUUAUUUUUGGAGACCUUAGCCAAGCGUUUAUACAGAUCGAGCAAGAUUUCGUCGAGGAAUUUGUUGUUUAUAUAGACGACGUAGCACUACUAGUACGCGAGGAAGAAAAUCGUGACGAAACACGAGAACAACUAAACAGACGGGAAAAGAGAAAGCAAGCAAGAGAACAAGAAAAAGCAGAUAAGAAGUUCGAGAUGAGUCUAGUGAUUGAAGCAAGAAGGAGAGCUAGAAAGUUUCGCCGAAAUAAAGUCGGACGUAGUCUUUACUGAAAAUAACCCUGCAUGAUUUACAUUUUGUUUUACUCAUCACUCAUUAGUUCUUUUACACGAACCUGCAACCCCCAUCAAAGGCUCGAACAUUGGAAACCCCCCCCCCGGUAUUUGAAAACUCAAUCAAUGUUUUAAUGCUCAUGCCCC